GAUUGACAAUCUUGAAAAAUGAUCAAUACAUUUAUCGUAGUUUUGUGUUUGGUGACCAGUGCCAGUCCUACAGUUCAUUGUAUUCAACAUACACUCAAAGAAGAAAUGGAGCUCGAACGACAACUAAAGCUCAUCAACAAGCCUCCUCUUAAAACUAUUCAUACAAAGUAUGGAGAUACGGUUGACUGUAUAGAUAUUAAUAAACAACCCGCGUUUGAUCACCCUCUACUAAAAAAUCAUAAGUUACAAAAAAAGCCUAGCAUUAGAAAACCAAUUGAAAAAUCAAGUAUGAAGAAAUUACAAGCUUGCCGAGAUGGCUCUUUCUUCAAAAUUUGGUCCAUAUUAUGGAGUCGAAGGAGGCACUAGCAUUUAUAACCCAAGAGUUACUAAGGGUCAAAUGUCCCUUUCUCAUGUCUGGGUUCAAAAUGGACC